UCAACUCCUUGACAGCAUUGCUGUAUGUGGACGUGCUUCCUUAUUUCUUCAAGACUGCCACUUCUGACGCCCCACUUAGAACACAGGGACUCGCGUUCCUUCUCGGCGUCCUCAUGACACUUUACAGCUGCAUUUGUAUUUACAUGGGAUCCGUCACCAGGGCUAUGAUCCUCGUAUACUCAGCAGCUGCUGGCCCAUGUAUAGGUUUGAUGCUUCUGGCGGUAGGAUUCCCAUUUGUACAUUCCAAGGGUGCCGGGAUUUCAACUCUACUCUUCUUCGCCAUUCAGCUGUACCUCCUAUGGCAAAGAAUAGACAAGAAAAUGUUGCCGCAGCGUAUGCCAGUAACGCUUCAGUACUGUCCAGGGAACACCACCUACGCACAGAAAAGAUUGAAUGAUACAUACACUUGGAGCAAACACAGAUCAGUGAAUUAUGAGACGCCAUCACUGAUUUCACCCUUUUGGAGCUCGUUAUUUUCUACUGCAGGAACGCUCCUCUUGGGAAUACUGAUUAGUAUUUCCACUGGCGAGCACAAGCGACUUCCUGCAGACCUCCGGUAUCUGAACCGUCCUCUUGCGAAGAUGUGGCUUAAGUUUCGAGUUAUAAGAGACAGUGAACCGCAAGAGGUACAGCGGGAGAAUGAGCUUGAGACAACAAAUACCGCCCUUGUUUCUGAAGAAGAAAUGAAGCCUGGUUCCGCAACUGUAUAAAUAAACGUACGAGACAAC